UACCGUACAUUUUCUGGAGGGAAAGCCCUAAACUUCGUUCGCAAAAUCGUGUGACUUUGAAACGGAGAUGGGAUGUAUGUGGAUGAGUCAGGUGCGAGUGCGAGUGCGAGUAGGAGCCAAUAACUCUCUGCUCCUGUCUAAGCCUUCCAUGGCCUCUCUAUCCCCUAUCUCCUUCACCCAUCCGAAACCACCACCGUCUCUCAUUUCCCUCGUCUUCUCUCACCGUCGCUCGCUCUCAACCACCACUUGGUCUCAACGAAUUCCUCACGCUUCCAUCGACGACAACUGCUCUGAUUUCGGAGAUGGUGGCGGAAUUGGAGUUUCGAGAAAUGGGUCCAAGGUGCUUCUUAAGGGGAUGAGAUACUCUGAGCUUGAAAGUUGGGUUCAGUUACAAGGAUACAGGCCCGGUCAGGCUCUAAUGCUGUGGAAGCGCCUCUAUGGAAAUAACAUUUGGGCACAUAAUAGUGACGAGUUGGAAGGUUUGAACAAAGAUUUCAACAAAAUGUUGAGCGAAAAUGCUGAAUUCAAGGCAUUAUCUUUAAAAAAAAUUCUCACAGCAUCUGAUGGAACUAGGAAGAUUUUAUUCACAUUGGAGGAUGAACUGGUAAUAGAGACAGUUGUCAUACCUUGUGAUAGGGGCAGGACUACUGUUUGUGUCUCCAGUCAAGUGGGCUGUGCCAUGAAUUGUCAGUUUUGCUACACUGGAAGGAUGGGUUUAAAGAGACAUUUAACUGCAGCUGAGAUAGUAGAGCAAGCUGUAUUUGCCCGGCGUCUGCUCACAAGUGAAGUUGGUUCCAUUACCAAUGUUGUAUUUAUGGGAAUGGGAGAACCACUUCACAACAUUGACAAUGUCAUUAAAGCUGCAGAUAUUAUGGUGCAUGAGCAAGGCCUUCAUUUCAGUCCUCGCAAGGUCACCGUCUCAACCAGCGGGCUUGUUCCCCAGCUGAGACGUUUUCUCCAUGAAUCCAACUGUGCUUUAGCUGUUAGUUUGAAUGCAACAACUGAUGAGGUCAGAAACUGGAUCAUGCCAAUUAACCGGAAGUAUAAAUUAGGCUUGCUUCUUCAGACCCUUCGGGAGGAACUUCGCUUCAAACAUAACUACAAAGUUCUAUUUGAAUAUGUAAUGCUUUCAGGAGUCAAUGACAGCAUUGAGGAUGCAAAGAGGCUUAUUGAUCUUGUUCAGGGAAUUCCAUGCAAGAUCAAUCUCAUCUCAUUCAAUCCUCAUAGCGGAUCCCAGUUUCAACCAACCAGUGAGGCAAAGAUGAUUGAGUUUCGAAAUGUUUUGGCUGAGGCAGGGUGCACUGUUUUCUUGCGACUCAGUAGAGGUGAUGAUCAGAUGGCCGCCUGCGGUCAGCUAGGCAAGCCUGGUACAAUCCAGGCUCCUUUGAUCCGUGUGCCAGAGCAAUUCCAGAUGGCAGUGAAUAUGUCUGUGUGAAUAUUUUUCAGGCAAGCAGUUACAAGUGCCAGGCAGCUCUUACUGUUUAUUUUUGCGAGAAAGAUGAAGCAGAAGCAUGGAGAUGCGAAUUUGGUUACUCGAAUGGUAGUUUAAUGUACCUUGGAUCUGUUUGUGUAGCGGCAUCAUAGGGAGCUGAGCCCGGGUAUUUGACCUCUUUUCAAUUUGUGUGUUUUUCCUAUUAUAAUUGCAUUUUACCCUGUCCGAGUUUGUGAUCCACGUGGCGAUGCAGCCAUAAUUUGUAGACUAGAUUUGCACCUGCGGGCACCACCACUUUGAUGCCUUAAAAAGGGUUGCCAUUACCAUAACCUCCCCAAACGGAUAUAGAAAGGAUUUAACUCAGAAAUCAGUUGAUGCUAUGAAGUCUAGAUGCUACCUCUUUUGGAUGAAAACAUGUGGAUGCAAAAUUGCUUCAAGUGACGAUGAUUGGGAAGUAUUUAUCUGAGUGAAAUUAUUUUAAGCAUAUAAACAAGAUGUACUUAAGAGUAUUCGAAAUGUGUUGGGUUAUCUUAGAAUUUUUUAGUAUGGUUGAAUAUAUUUUAAUAUGGAAAGCAAGGCAAUAUUUCGUUUGGUCUAGGGGGAUGAACUUCCCACGAUAACCUUUAGUUGGUUAAUAUUCAAUUCUUGUAUUUUGAAUACGAUUUUACAAAGAGCCCCAGUAGAUGAAGAUGUCUGAGGCAGCGUUAUGCUAGACGGGAGAAUAUGUUCAAACUUGGAAGCUGGCUAACUUUAAUGGUGCUUUUGGCGAAGAAUAUUCCAUAUAUCUGUCAGCUAUGAAUAUUCUGUAUGUGAUACCCGUCUUUACCCAUUAUCGGCACAUGAAAUGAAAGAGCUGAGACGAGUGAGCAAGUGUUACUUGCUUGAGAAGAAAAAGGUUAAUGCCAAACAAAACAAUUGCAAGUAUUUGAAAUUGUCUA